UAAUUCAGUUUCUUUAUUUCUUUCAUUCUCUAUUCAUGGCCUCCUGGAAACCACAGGCUUUGACCCUCACUGCUCGAAAGGCAGGCAUCUCGUUCGCUCUGGUGAACCGGUCCACCCUGAAUAAUGAGGACCUGAAACUACAUGUCUUCAAGAAGACUCUCCAGGCCUUGAUAUACCCUAUUUCAUCCACAACACCCCAUAACUUCGAGGUGUGGACGGCAACUGCACCCACCUACUGCCAUGAGUGUGAGGGGCUGCUGUGGGGCAUUGCCCGUCAGGGCAUGCGCUGCUCAGAGUGUGGAGUUAAAUGCCACGAGAAGUGCCAGGAUCUGCUCAACGCAGAUUGUUUACAAAGGGCAGUGGAGAAGAGCUCCAAGCACGGGGCAGAGGACAAGACCCAGAAUAUCAUCAUGGCUAUGAAGGAGCGCAUGAAGAUAAGAGAGAAGAACAGUCCCGAGGUGUUUGAGGUGAUCCAGGAGAUGUUCCACGUCUCCAAAGAAGACUUCACCAGCCAUUUGAAGACAGCUAAGCAGGCUGUUUUGGAUGGGACCUCCAAGUGGUCUGCCAAAAUCAGCAUCACAGUCAUGAGUGCACAGGGCUUACAGGCCAAGGAUAAAACUGGCUCCAGUGACCCUUACGUCACCGUCCAGGUGGGCAAGACCAAACGUAGGACGAAGACCAUCUUCGGCAACCUCAACCCGGUCUGGGAUGAGAAGUUCUACUUUGAAUGUCACAACGCCACUGACCGCAUCAAGGUGCGUGUGUGGGAUGAGGAUGAUGACAUCAAAUCACGGGUGAAGCAGCAUUUCAAGCGCGAGUCGGAUGAUUUCCUGGGACAGACCAUCAUUGAGGUUCGCACUCUCAGUGGAGAGAUGGACGUUUGGUACAAUCUAGAUAAAAGAACUGACAAGUCUGCGGUAUCGGGUGCCAUCAGACUCAAGAUCAGCGUGGAGAUGAAAGGGGAGGAGAACGUGGUUCCUCCUCAUGGCCAGUACACCUGUUUACACGAGAACCUGUUCCACUACCUGACCGAGGUGAAGAACAGCGGGGUGGUGAAGAUCCCGCAGGUGAAAGGGGACGAAGCGUGGAAGGUGUACUUUGACGACGUGUCCCAAGAGAUAGUGGAUGAGUUCGCCAUGAGAUACGGAGUGGAGUCCAUCUAUCAGGCUAUGACGCACUUCUCCUGUCUGUCCGCCAAAUACAUGUGCCCCGGUGUGCCAGCAGUGAUGAGCAACCUGCUUGCUAAUAUAAAUGCCUACUUCGCCCACACCACCACCACCACAACAACUACUGCCUCCGCUUCAGACCGAUUUGCUGCUUCUAACUUUGGGAGGGAGAAAUUUGUCAAAUUACUGGACCAGCUGCAUAACUCACUGAGGAUCGACCUCUCUAAAUAUCGGGAUAAUUUCCCUGCGGGAAACCCGGAGCGUCUCCAAGAUCUGAAGUCCACUGUCGAUCUGCUAACCAGCAUCACCUUCUUCAGGAUGAAGGUACAAGAGCUUCAGAGUCCACCCAGAGCCAGUAUGGUUGUGAAGGACUGCGUGAAGGCGUGUCUGGACUCCACAUACAAAUACAUUUUUGAUAACUGUCAUGAACUGUACAACCAACUCCUUGACCAGAGCCGGAAGCAGGACAUUCCCCGAGAGGAGCAGGGUCCGUCAAUAAAGAACCUGGAGUUCUGGCCAAAACUCAUCACUCUCAUGGUGUCUGUAAUCGAUGAGGACCGAACAGCUUACACCCCAGUCAUUAACCAGUUUCCACAGGAGCUGAAUGUGGGCAAGAUCAGCGCCGAGAUCACGUGGAGCCUCUUCGCCCUGGAUAUGAAGUAUGCAAUGGAAGAGCAUGACAAGCACCGCCUAUGCAAAAGUACUGAAUACAUGAAUCUUCACUUCAAGGUCAAAUGGUUCCAUAAUGAGUAUGUCCGUGACCUGCCGGCCUUCAAGGAUGUUCCACCUGAGUAUUCUCUGUGGUUCGAGCCAUUUGUCAUCCAGUGGCUUGAUGAGAAUGAGGAUGUUGCCAUGGAUUUCCUCAAUGGAGCACUGGAGAGGGACAAGAAAGAUGGAUUCCAGCAAACCUCGGAGCACGCCCUCUUUUCAUGUUCGGUGGUGGAUGUGUUCACUCAACUAAACCAGAGUUUUGAGAUUAUCAAGAAGCUCGAGUGUCCAAACCCACAGGCUCUGGCUCACUUCAUGUGCCGUUUUGCGAAGACUAUCAACAAAGUUCUUCUGCAAUAUGCUGCAAUCAUAUCCAAGGACUUUCCUUUGUAUUUGAGUAAGGAGAACGUGCCCUGCAUCCUCCUCAACAACAUCCAGCAGCUCCGUGUCCAACUGGAGAAGAUGUUUGAGUCCAUGGGUGGCAAACAGCUGGAUGCAGAGGCCAGUGAUCUGCUCAAGGAGCUGCAGAAUAAACUCAACACGGUGCUGGAUGAGCUCAGCGGAGUGUUUGGCUCCAGUUUUAAAGGUGUGAUCGAGGACUGCGUGAAGCAGAUGAACCAGGAGCUGGUUCAGAUGAAAGGUCCAGCCAAAGGGAGCAACGCCGCCAUGGAUGCAGAGAGUGUCCUCCGGCCUCUUAUGGACCUCCUGGAUAAAAAUUUGAUGUUAUUCGCCAAGAUUUGUGAGAAGACAGUGCUGAAACGAGUCCUCAAAGAGCUAUGGAAAAUCGUGCUGAACACCAUCGAGAGAACAAUCGUUCUGCCUCCACUGAGUGACCAGACCCAAGGAGCUCAGAUGAUUUUCAAUGCUGCCAAGGACUUGGGACAGCUGUCCAAACUAAAGGAGCAUGUAACUCGAGAGGAGGCCAGAAGUCUGACUCCACGACAGUGUGCAGCCAUGGACCUCGUGCUUCCCACCAUCAAGCAAUACUUCCAUGCUGGAGGAAAUGGGCUGAAGAAAACCUUCCUGGAAAAGAGCCCUGAUAUGAAGUCCCUCAAAUAUGCUCUCAGCCUUUACACUCAACCUACAGAUGCCUUGAUCAAGAAAUAUAUAUGCACCCAAACCUCUCAAGGUCAGUCAUCCAACGGAUCCGUGGGGGAGGUGUCGAUGCAAGUGAAUCUCAUCUCUCACCCUGGCACUGGAGAGCACAAAGUCAGCGUGAAGGUGGUCGCAGUGAACAACCUCGUCUGGCAAACCAAUGCCAUGUUCCGGCCAUUUGUAGAGGUCAACGCUGUGGGACCGCACCUAGCUGACAAGAAGCGCAAAUUCAGCACCAAGACCAAGAACAACAACUGGUCACCAAAGUACAAUGAAACAUUCCAAUAUGUUCUAAGUAAUGAACAUGGUCCGGAGGCCUACGAGCUGCACGUCUCAGUGAAGGACUACUGCUUUGCCCGCGAGGACCGCAUCAUCGGCAUGACGGUCAUCCAGCUCCGAGAGCUGGCGGACAAGGGCAGCUGCUCCGCCUGCUACCCCCUGGUGAAGAGCAUCUGCAUGGACGAAACUGGCCUCACCAUCAUGAGGAUACUCUCUCAAAGGACCAACGAUGAGGUGGCGAAAGAGUUUGUGCGUCUCAAGACAGACACACGCUCGGCGGAGGAAGUGUCAUAGUGUGCGACAUAAUGCAGUAUUAAAAGAGUGUUGUCUUAAGUGAGAGAUAAAGAGAAAGAGCAGAAGGAGAAAGAGCAGUAGCAACAGAUGUUCUUUCUGCAGAGAAGCUGGAGGAUGAGAUUGUCCAAAGAGAAGCGCAGGAGGCCCACAUGUGGCAAGGCAGCGAGACAGUGAGAGAGAGAGAGAGAGAGAGAGAGAG